AUGUGCAAAGUGAAGUUGCUUCUUCUGCUUCAAAUGCUCUCCUUGUCUCAUCAUGGUGUUGAUUCAUUAGCCUCUGUGGUUAGCUAUCUUCCUGGUUUCGAAGGUCCUCUUCCUUUCCACCUUGAAACUGGCUAUAUUGGUGUUGGUGAGGAAGAGAAAACACAGCUUUUCUACUACUUCAUCAAAUCAGAGAACAAUCCUGAAGAAGACCCUCUUCUUGUUUGGUUAGGUGGAGGACCUGGUUGCUCUUCUCUCUCUGGCCUUGCUUUUGAAAUAGGACCUUUGACUUUCAAGACUGAGGGUAAUAGUGGAGGUUUGCCUUCUCUUGUAUCCACUUCAUAUUCUUGGACAAAGGUAGCUAACAUAAUAUUCUUGGAUCAACCUGUUGGGGCUGGCUUCUCCUACUCAACAGCUCCUCUUGCUGAUAAGCCUAGUGACACCGGAGAAACAAAAAGAAUUUAUGAGUUUCUUCAAAAGUGGCUUGUAAAGUAUCCUGAGUUUAUGUCAAAUCCUCUCUAUAUUGGUGGAGACUCUUACUCCGGCAUAGUAGUUCCAGCCACUGUACAACAGAUCUCAAUAGGAAAUGAGGAUGGCUACAAACCUAUAAUCAAUAUUAAGGGUUAUGUUAUUGGGAACCCGACAACAGAUUAUUACAGUGAUUGUAACCAUAGGAUUCCAUUUGCUCAUGGAAUGGGACUCAUCUCUGACGAACUCUAUGAGUCGCUUAAGAGAAGCUGCAAAGGAAAUUAUGAAAAAGUAGAUCCUACAAAUACACAAUGCUUGAAAUUUGUGGAAGACUACAAAAAGGUAAAGAAGUAA